UUUACAUUUUCCAAGAUGGCGGCGGGAAUGUAUUUGGAACACUAUUUGGACAGCAUAGAGAACCUGCCAUUUGAACUGCAGAGGAACUUCAAUUUGAUGAGGGACUUGGAUCAACGUACAGAGGAUCUAAAGGGGCAGAUAGACUCCCUGGCAAAGGAUUACACAUCCAAUGCCAGGACCCUCUCGUCUGAACAGAAGCUUACUAUUCUGAGGCAGAUCCAACAAUCGUACAGCAAAAGCAAGGAGUUUGGGGAUGACAAAGUGCAACUGGCUAUGCAGACUUAUGAGAUGGUGGACAAGCACAUCCGGAGACUGGACACAGACCUGGCCCGCUUUGAGGCCGACCUGAAGGAGAAGCAGAUAGAGAGCACAGACUAUGAUUCCACCUCCAGUAAGGGAAAGAAAAGUGAGUCCAGGGGGCUGAAAGAGAAGAAGGUGGCUAAAACUCGGUCUAAAGUGAAGAGCUCCGAUGAAGAUGGCAGUCCGAAGAGUGCACAGAAGAAAGUCAAACUUCUCCAGCCGGGGGAGUUCACUGCUCCAGCUGCUAACUUUGGGAACGUGCAUCCCUCUGACGUGCUGGACAUGCCAGUGGACCCCAAUGAGCCCACCUACUGCCUGUGUCACCAGGUGUCCUAUGGAGAGAUGAUUGGCUGUGACAACACAGAUUGUUCCAUCGAGUGGUUCCACUUUGCCUGCGUGGGCCUGACGACGAAACCAAGAGGGAAAUGGUAUUGUCCACGCUGCUCUCAAGACAGAAAGAGAAAGUAAGCCCCUAAGGUAGAGGGGCCAACCGAUUGUAGAGUCAGGAUUACUACGUUAGUUGUGAAGAGAAAGUAACAUGACAUUUUCUGUCCCCAGGAUAGUAUUACAUUGUUUGUCGGUCUUCUAGCAUAGAACAAUUGGUGCUUUCUUUUUUUGUUUACUUGAUUUAAUGCAGUGUGAAGGAGAUACGUGGUUACAGAUGUAUUUAAAUAUGUUUCAAAGGUUAUGAGAGUUGAUAGUUAUGAGAGUUGCUUUGUGUUUUUUUUAUCUCUAUGUUUCUAUUUUUUUGUAACUGAACAAUAAACGCUAAAAUUUGACAGUUAGUGUCCAUAAUACUGUAGUGUGUGUUUGACUACAUGUGAUUGACUGGAGUGAAGUGGAUUGACAUAUUGUAAUGGAUGCAGUGUUGGCCCAUCGAGAACUGUUGUGCUUUCAAGUUUGUUACAUAUUUUUCGAUUAUAUUGUGUGCGCUCUAAUAAAUGCAUUUUAGCCUGA